UUAAUUAAAAUAUUUACAAAAAUGUCCGAACAAAAAGAAGAAAGUGUACCUGGCCAAAAUGCCGUUUCUGUUAUGAAAGUGCUGCUGAAAGGGCUGCAAUGGAGGCGGAAUUUGAAAGGCAAUCGGAAGAAGCUCGUUUCAGAAUGGCACAUGGUUAUGAUCAAUCUGGGGAGUCUGUAAAUGCUAAAGACGAGGAAGGCAAAGAAAUGGCUGGAGAAGCUUUUGAAGAAACUCAUAAUCACAAAGAACCCCUUGCACAUUAAAAUAAAAAGAGAAAAGCAAAUAAAGAGGAGUUUGAAGAAAAGAAUUGUUAAACAAUAAAUUGAAUUUAUAAAUAUUUAGAACAUUAGUUCUGUCAAAAUUUUUAUUUAUUUGAAAUAAAAGUUUUUCAAAUCUUGAGAUUUGUUUUGAAUGCGGAGAGAAAUUUUUAAGUUUCAGGGCCCCGUCGGUUGAAGAUUUAGGAUAUAUGCUAUAGCAUAAGUAAAUUUAUUCAAAUAUUUUAAUGGGAAUGUUGAAAUGAUUUUUUUAUUAGGGGAGCUUGAAAGACUUGUGAUUAGCACUAAUUUCGGUUUGGGCUCGGUGGCAUAAAAUAUUAAUCCGGCAAGAUUUAUACUCAUUAAAUGGUGAAUCAAAUG